GUAUGUGGCUUACCGAUGGCAACUUGGCUGCCGUUUAAGUUUGAUAAUUUUCCUGUUAAACAAAUUGUUUACUUGUAUGAGUGCUAUGCGGUUCUUGUAGUCUACCAAACAGCUGGAUUUGUAUCAUUCACCAUUUUGGCUCUAUGCGAACAUUUGGUGCUUAGAUUUGAACAUGUAGAAGAUGAGUUAGUGAUUGCUUUAAAUGAAAAAGACAGAGUAAUUAGAAGGCAGAAAUUUUAUAAAGCCAUACAAUAUCAUCAAGCUGUUAUCGAAAUUGGAGCGUUGUUAAACAAAUGUUUCAGUCCUUGUAUGAUGGUGCAUAUUAGUUUAACGGGACCAUUCAUAGGCGUUAUAGGAUACACUUUUCUCACGCAUAUCCCUUUAGAUUCCACCGCUCUAUUAAUAGGUUGGUUGAUAUCAACUUAUAUUGUUUGUUAUGGAGGUCAACGAUUAAUGGAAGCGAGUAUUUCAGUUGGUAAUAUUAUGCACCGAAUUCAUUGGUACGAUUUGGAAACGGAUAUUCAAAAGGAUCUUAUAUUAAUUAUAAUUAGAAGCAGAUUUCCUAUUUACCUAACAGCUGGACCAUUUGGCCCUAUUACUUACAGCACGAUAGUAACGAUUCUUAAAACCUCAUAUUCUUACGUAACACUAUUGAAACAAACAAUGUGA